AUGCUCCUAAGGGCACGAGCCCUCUGCAUCUCCCAGCAUGCGGGCUCAAAGGAAAAUUGCACAGCCGGUCACAGGGAAGGGUCACGUGGUCCGCGAAGGUUUUCCCCCCCCUCCCACUCCUGUCUGGGGCAGCGGCGGCGUUUGCAACCUCUCGCAGGGCGGGUUGCAAGAGCCGGCCGUUCGCGCAACCCUCGCCCGCAACAGCUGGGCAAGAAAGCUUCGACGUCGUCUCGGGAAGGGAAGCCGGGCAACAAGAAGCCGCCGGCCAAAUUUGCUGCCACCGACCCGCAAGAAGCGCGGAGGCUCCGCGGUAGGAAGGCCCGGGGGCGCUGCGUUGCAGAAGGGCACGGAUCGGGGGGUUGCGGUACUCUGCCCGACCGUCAGAGGGCGCUGCCGAUCUGGUUAAGGUGCUUUGGAGAACAGCCCGACUCCCUCUUCUUUGUGGCAACCCCUGAGAUUUGCUCUCGUUUUGCUUCUCAUCCCAGAAGCUUCUUCAGCUCUGACUGGAUGGUGGGGGAUGGAAAUAUUUAUAUUCCUUGCAGACAGCUGGUCGUUUACAUCCUUUUAAAAGGGUCCUUGAAGCACUUGGAGGUUUAUCUGUGUCCUCAGGGUCACCUGAGUGGUGCUCCUGGUUCCUGUAGUCUGCAAUUUUUUUUCCCCCGUCUAGAAAUCCAUUCCUACUCCCACACCAUUCCCAGGGUGUUUGUCCCAAAUUGUAUAGCGAAAAGUCUCUACAGAUUCUCAAUUACUCAGGUCCUGGUUGUCCCAAAGGUGCUUUUUCAGGAGGCAACUGGGCUUUCUGGAUUUUUCUUUUGA